CUUCCAACACACAUUUAAACAGUCGGAGAGUUGCAGCCAGUUCGAGUUUCCCAUAGAGUUUGGAUAUUUAGAAGAUUAUCUAGAAAGUUUAGAUGAAAGAAGGAAAUAUAGGAGAUCGAGAAGAAGGAGGAGUGCACAGACGAUGGAACCAGCUAGAAAGAGGAGGAUUUCACAUAUGUGGAAAGAACCACCGAAGAGAGACAUUUAUCCUGGUCCUAGCUGCGUGUCCUGCAACAGUAAUGCAUCAAAGGACCUUUACUUUGAAUUUAAAGGGGAAUUCUUAUCUCCUAAACCGAGAAUCAAGUUACAGAGCCCAGACUUACCUGCUCCUAGCUGUGUGUCAUGCAAGAGUGAUGAAUCAAAGGAUCUUGUCAUUAUCUUUAAACAAAAUUCGUCAACCAUUAAACAGACAUGUGAGCUGAAAAGUUCAGAGAAAGUUUUCCAUCUAGAAUAUACUGAAAGUUUUGUCAGUCUGUGGGAGGAUGGACAGGAGUUGGAAAAUGGGCCUUUUAUUGAGAUCACAAAGCAAUUCCUUGUCAAAGAUGCAGAUGCUUCAUUUUGUCAAAAUAAACUUAAAUCUGCCCUGAAGGACAGGUUUCAGUGUGUUGCUGAAGGGAUUGUUAAGGAAGGAAGCCCACUCCCUCUGAAUAAGUUCUACACAGACCUCUAUGUCACAGAGGCUUGGACUCGGGAGCUAAAUAAAGAACAUGAGCUUAGAUACAUUGAAACCGUUUCCAGGAAACAAGACGGGGAAGAAGUAACAAUAAGAGUGGAGGACCUCUUCAAAGAGCCUAAGCCUUGCAGAACAGUGAUGACCACAGGAGUGGCUGGCAUUGGGAAAACGGUUCUAACACAGAAGUUCACUCUGGACUGGGCUGAAAACACAACAAACCAGAGUAUCCAUUUCAUAUUUCCCUUUACAUUCAGGGAGCUGAAUGUUUUGAAAGGCAAAGCGUUAAGCUUGGUGGAACUUGUUCACUAUUUCUUUACCGAAACCAAGGAAAUCUACAGGUUUGAAGAGUUUCAGGUCAUAUUCAUCUUUGAUGGUCUGGAUGAGUGUCGACUUCCUCUGGACUUCCAGAAUAAUAAGAUCCUGAAUGAUGUUACAGAGUCUGCCUCAUUGGAUGUGCUGCUGACAAACCUCAUCAGAGGGGAACUCCUUCCCUGUGCACAACUUUGGAUCACCACGCGACCCGCAGCAGCCAAUCAGAUCCCUCUUGACUGUAUUGACAUGGUGACAGAAGUCAGAGGGUUUGCUGAACAACAGAAAGAAGAGUACUUUAAUAAAAGAUUCAAAAACCUGGAGUUUGCCAGCAAGAUUAUCUCUCACACCAAGACAUCAAGAAGCCUCGACGUAAUGUGCCAGAUCCCUGUCUUCUGCUGGAUCACAGCUACAGUUCUGGAAGAGGUCUUUAAAACUCAACAGGCUACAGAGCUGCCAAAAACCUUGACUGAGAUGUACAUUUACCACCUUUUGGUCCAAAGAAAGGUUAAGAAAUAUGAUGGGGAAGAUGAAACAGGUGAUCACUGGAGUCCAAAGAGUAAGACGAUGUUAGAGUCUCUGGGAAGGUUGGCUUUUGAGCAGCUGCAGAAAGGAAACCUGAUUUUUUAUGAAUCAGAUUUGAGUGAAUGUGGAAUCAGUAUCAAAGAUGCUUCAGAGUAUUCAGGAAUGUUCACGCAGAUUUUCAAAGUAGAGAGAGGAUGGUAUGACGACAAGCUGUUCAGUUUUGUACAUUUGAGUGUUCAGGAGUUUCUUGCUGCUCUUUAUGUUCAUCUGACAUUCACCAACCUUGGUGUCAAUUUGUUCAAAGACAAAAAGCUCUCAAAGUUGUCCACGUUUUUCAAUAAGCCAAAUCUUGCAAGUUUUUACCAAAGUGCUGUGAACGAGACCUUGCAGAGUCCAAAUGGACACCUGGAUUUGUUGCUUCGCUUCCUCCUGGGACUUUCACUGGAGAAAAAUCAGAAACUCUUAAAAGGUCUGAUGACAAAAACAGAAAGAAGCUCACAGACGAAUCAGGAAAUUGUCCAGUACAUCAAACACAAAAUUGAUGAGAAUCUAUCUACAGACAAAAUCAUGAAUCUUUUCCACUGUCUGAACGAACUAAACGACGAUUCUCUUGUGCAAGAGAUCCAGCAGUUCCUGUCUGCAGGACAACUGUCAACAGAUAAGCUGUCUCCUGCUCAGUGGUCGGCUCUGGUUUUCUUUUUAUUGUCUUCUGAAAGGGAACUAGAUGUUUUUGAUCUGAACAUGUUCUCUGUUUCUGAAGAGGUUCUUUUGAGGCUGCUGCCAGUGAUCAAAGCCUCUAAGAAAGUUGUACUGACUUUCUGCGUGCUUUCACAAAGGAGCAUUGAAGCUCUGUCUACAGUUCUCAAGACCAAGUCCUCUCCUUUGACAGUCCUUGAUCUUAGUAACAACAAUCUCCAUGAUUUGGGAAUGAAAGAGAUUGCUGAUGGAUUGAAAAGUCCAAACUGCACAUUGAGAACUCUUAGGCUAAGUGGCUGUUCCCUCUCAAAGCAAAGCGUUGACCACCUACUCCUCAGCUGUAACUCAUUCAUCUGUCUGAGAGAGCUUGACCUGAGCAACAAUAUAUUGCAAGAUUUAACAAUUAAUAAGCUGUCUGAUGGACUGAAGCAUCCACUUUGUCAACUGGAAACUCUCAGACUGAAUAUCUGUUGUCUCUCAGAGAUGAGCUGUGAAGCUUUGUCUGCACUUCUCAGCUCUGAGUCUGCAAGCCUUAAAGAGCUGGACCUUAGCAACAAUAACCUGGGGGAUUCAGGAGUCAAACUGCUAUCAGCUGGACUGGCAAGUUCAUGCUGUAAGCUAGAGACUCUGAGGCUGUCUGGCUGUCUAGUCACAGAAGAAGGCUCUGCUUCUCUGGAAUCUGCUUUAAACUGCAACCCUUCCCACCUGAGAGAACUGGAUCUGAGCUACAAUCAUGCAGGGGACUUUGGAGUAAAAGGUCUAUGUGCAAAUCUUAAGGAUCCACAGUGGAAACUUGAAAACCUCAGAUUAGACCCAGCAGGAGUCAAGUGGUUAAGACCAGGACUCAGGAAAUAUUUCUGUAACCUCACAUUCCACACCAACACAGUAAACCGAAACGUGAAACUGUCAGACAACAACACAGAGGCAUCAUAUGUGGAGGAGCCUCAGGCGUACCCAGAUCACCCAGACAGGUUUGACAAGAACCAUCAGGUGAUGUGUUCAAAUAGUUUGACGGGUCGCUGCUACUGGGAAGUUGAGCUCGUGGGAGGCGUCCACACUUCAGUGAGUUACAAAGGAAUCGUAAGGAGAGGAGAGGGAAAUGAUGGUUGGUUUGGUGGGAAUGACCAAUCCUGGACUUUGUUUUAUGAUGGCAGCUCUUACUCCCUUUGGCACAAUAAGAAAGGAAUAUCCAUCCCUCAUAUGACCGUAUCAUCUCCCUCAUCUCACAGAAUAGCAGUGUAUUUGGACUGGCCAAUGGGAACACUGUCCUUCUACAGAGUGUCCUUGGACACAUUGAUCCACAUCCACACUUUCCACACCACCUUUACUGAACCUCUUUAUCCAGGAUUUGGACUGUGGUCAUGGGUGAAUGCUCCUCUGGAUUCAUCUGUGCGCCUCAUAUCAUUGUAAAUGCAUUCAAGUCCCUCAGCAAACUGGGACAGAGGUACGAACCUGGAAAAUAACAUG